UGCUCGAGGCUCGGCCGGCGCCGGCGCUCGCUGCGUGAGGGGGAGAGACGACAACGGCGGCGGGAGGCGAUGAAGAGCGGCCGGGCCCGGAGUUCCUGAGGGGGCCGAGCCGGGCCAGAAGCCCCCCGCCGGAGCCAUGGCGGCUAAUAUGUACCGGGUGGGCGAUUACGUCUACUUUGAGAAUUCCUCUAGUAACCCCUACCUCGUGCGCCGCAUUGAGGAGCUCAACAAGACGGCCAAUGGCAACGUGGAGGCCAAGGUGGUCUGUCUGUUUCGACGGCGUGACAUCUCCAGCAGCCUCAACAGCCUGGCCGACAGCAACGCCCGAGAGUUUGAAGAAGAAUCCAAACAGCCUUCGGUGUCAGAGCAGCAGCGGCACCAGCUAAAGCACCGGGAACUUUUCUUGUCCCGGCAGUUCGAGUCCCUGCCUGCUACCCACAUACGGGGGAAGUGCAGUGUUACCCUGCUCAAUGAGACGGACGUCCUCAGCCAGUACCUGGACAAAGAGGAUUGUUUCUUCUAUUCACUGGUGUUCGACCCUGUUCAGAAGACUCUCCUAGCUGACCAGGGCGAGAUCCGAGUGGGCUGCAAGUACCAGGCAGAGAUUCCUGACCGGCUGGCAGAAGGAGAGUCCGAUAACCGGAACCAGCAGAAGAUGGAGAUGAAGGUUUGGGAUCCCGAUAACCCCCUGACGGACCGGCAGAUCGACCAGUUCCUCGUGGUGGCUCGGGCCGUUGGCACCUUCGCGCGGGCCCUCGACUGCAGCAGCUCCAUCCGGCAGCCCAGUCUUCACAUGAGUGCUGCUGCUGCCUCCAGGGAUAUCACACUGUUCCACGCAAUGGAUACACUGCAGCGGAACGGCUACGACCUGGCCAAAGCCAUGUCCACACUGGUGCCCCAGGGAGGCCCUGUGCUGUGCAGGGAUGAGAUGGAGGAGUGGUCAGCUUCAGAAGCGAUGCUCUUCGAGGAGGCCCUGGAGAAAUACGGCAAAGACUUUAACGACAUCCGGCAGGACUUUCUGCCUUGGAAAUCCCUGGCCAGCAUUGUGCAGUUCUACUACAUGUGGAAAACCACAGACCGAUACAUCCAGCAGAAAAGGUUGAAAGCAGCUGAAGCGGACAGCAAGCUGAAGCAGGUGUACAUUCCCACCUAUACGAAACCCAAUCCGAACCAAAUCAUCUCAGUGGGCUCCAAGCCUGGCAUGAAUGGAGCUGGCUUCCAGAAGGGGUUGACCUGUGAGAGCUGCCACACCACUCAAUCGGCACAGUGGUAUGCCUGGGGGCCCCCCAACAUGCAAUGCCGCCUCUGUGCUUCCUGUUGGAUCUACUGGAAGAAAUAUGGAGGCCUGAAGACCCCGACGCAACUCGAGGGAGCAGCACGCAGUGUCACGGAGCCACACUCCCGGAGCCACAUGUCUCGGCCAGAAGCCCAGAGCCUCUCCCCGUACACCACCAGCGCCAACCGGGCCAAGCUCCUGGCCAAGAACCGGCAGACCUUCCUGCUGCAGACCACCAAGCUGACCCGCAUUGCACGCCGCAUGUGCCGGGAUAUCUUGCAGCCGCGCCGUGCCGCCCGGCGCCCUUAUGCGCCCAUCAAUGCCAAUGCCAUCAAGGCAGAAUGCUCCAUUCGGCUACCCAAGGCAGCAAAGACCCCCCUCAAGAUCCACCCUCUGGUGCGGCUUCCGCUGGCGACCAUAGUCAAGGAGCUCGCUGCGCAGGCCCCCCUAAAGCCAAAAACUCCCCGAGGCACCAAGACGCCCAUCAACAGAAAUCAGCUAACCCAGAACCGAGGCUUGGCUGGCAUCGUGGGCAAGCGAGCAUACGAGAGUGUGGCAGGGGGCGGGCUCCCCUUCUCGGCCAACGGGCGGCCCAUGACUUCCGGAAUGAGGUCGAGCGCUCAGCCCGCCAUCAAACGUCAGAAGCUGAACCCGGCCGACGCCCCCAACCCUGUCGUUUUUGUGGCAACCAAGGACACCAGGGCGCUCCGCAAAGCCCUGAGUCACCUGGAGAUGCGCCGCGCUGCCCGCCGGCCCAACCUGCCGCUCAAGGUGAAGUCGGUGCUGCCCCUCCGGCCUGUGGUGGCCCCCCUGGUGCCCGUGCCCCCAGCCCACCCCGCCAGCACCAGCGAGCCCAUCAUCCUGGAAGACUGAGCGCUGCCGCUUCUCUGGCGUCCCCUCUAGGAUCCUUGUAGCCCUCUCAUCUUAACACCCGCCUGCCCCUUUUUUUCAGUGUCCGAGCCCUGUCU